AUGAGAUGCACUUUGCAGGAAAAAAAUUCUGCAACACCUAUAAGGUGGGACACUACAUGCGAUGCUCAGAUCCUUAGUUACGUGGAUGAAGACGACAUAAAAACCUUUCACUCAUUAUCACUAGUUAAUAGAACAUGGUGUCAACUCGCGAUUCGACAUUUAUGGAAAAAACCGUUCAGCAUUAAAAAAGGUUCACCGAAAAAUCUUUACAAGAUCAUUCCAAUCAUUUUAUCAUACCUCGAUGAACAACAAACAUCCGUCCUUAAAAUACAAAAAACAAAAGUUAGAACGAGAAGCUCGAAGAAUUAUAUGACACCGCCAUCAAUUAAUUACCCCUCAUAUAUAAGACAAUUAGACUUUAAUAAAUUAUUUUCAUUAAUAACGGAAUGGAUAAAUAAAUCACAUAGACCAAAAUUUAAAAAAAACUAUUUUAUUAAGAAUAGUGACAAGUUUACUUUUGAUUUUUCAAUUUUCGAAGAAGAUGAAGAAUAUGAGUUAAAUUUUAGUUAUGAUCGUUUUAUUGAACGAUGUUGUUUGAAAGAUCAAGAAAAGUUGGCCUUUUUCGAAUACAUUUUUAAGAUCAUUAUAGCGAAAAGUAAGGGGAUCGAAAAGCUCUUUGUUGAAAUUUAUCAUGAAGAUAAUGAAAUACCUUACACGAUACCCAAAGAUUUCUUUGGAUAUAUUUUUAGGUUAAAAGAUGUCGCGAGAUGUUUUUCGGGAUUAUCGGAAUUCACAUGCGAAGGGAAUUUUCAUAAGGCAUCAUUAAUUAACGAGAUUAAAAAGUAUUCUCACGAGAUUAAAAAAUUAAACAUUUGUCCUUGGGAUAGAAAUUAUGUUAAUGAUUUAAAACCAAAGAAAGAUUUAAAAGAAUUAUUAAAAGUACAAAAAAAUCUCAAAUCAUUCUCAUUUUCAGUUGAUUCGGAUAUUGAAAAUAAUAUUAUAGAGAAACUCUCUUUUGAUAGAGUUUAUUUUGAUGAACCAAUUAAUGCUUUAGGUAAAAUCAUUUAUCCCGAACUUGAGGAAUUAAUAUUUUUUAAUUGUGUAUUUUUGAAUCAAUCUAUAGAUAUGUUGAAAGAAUUUUUUAAGAAGAAUGGAAAUAAUUUAAAAAUUGUUCAAUUAAAUCAAAAUAAUUCGGAUAUUCCUGGUAUACUUGAUUAUAUAUCAAAAUAUUGUUUCAAUCUAAAUGAUCUCUGUGUAAAUAUUGAUAAUCAAUCUGAUGUUGAUUCACUUUUUAAGAUUUUACAAUCCAAGAAUAAUUUAAGAUUACUUAACGUUGGGUAUUGUAAUAAUGAUAAACCAAAAUUUAAGGCUAAUGAAUUUAUGAAAGAAUUCACCGAAAUUUUUUCCACAACGAAAAUUGUAAAGUUGGAUAUCAGUAAUUGGGAAAUCUCUCUUGAUAUCUUUAAGAAUUUCUUUGAAAGAUCCGGAGAAUUCUUAAAAGUUUUUGAGGGUUCUUGUAUCGGAGACAAGAAAGAAUUGGAAGAUGUAAUUCAAUCAACCUCAGAAUUACAUAAUAGAAUUUUGAAAAGUUUUGUGGUCAUAGAAAAUGGUGAAUUCAAAAAUGUUAAGAUCGUGUGGAAAUAA